AUGGCUGAAUCUAGCAAAUCAUCAUCGUCCGAAGCUAACGUUCACAUCAUCUACACCGAGAAGCCUACCAAUGAGGAACCUAAAGACUUUCAUCUACGUACACUCUCCUCCGUACUUGGCUGUGAGAAAGCUGCAAAGGACGCUUUAAUAUACAGUUACAAGGACGCUGCCUCUGGUUUUUCAGCUAAGCUCACCGCUGAGCAAGUUGCCAAGAUCUCCAAACAACCAGGUGUGGUUCAAGUUGUGUCAGGCCAGACCUAA